UACAAAAUUCCACACACUGGCAACGCGUCGCAGAUACUUUUCGGCAACUUUUCCGCAGGAAAAACCAGUGCGAAUGUAAAUAAUUGUUGAGGAGAGAACCGACAACAGUUCCUGUUAGUGUUUAAAUGCCUGCGAACGGAUAGCGUUAAAUUAGUGAAAAUUGAAUAAAACAGAAGGAAGAAUAGACGACAAACGUAAAUAAAAGGCCAGAGCGAGAGGCGACGAGUGACGAGCGCCACACGGACAGAGAGCGUGAGCGAGAGAGGGCAACGUGUCGAGCAACAAAUUAAUAAUACAAAAAAUAGAAAAAUAAAGAACAACACAAAUAACAGCGAGAAAAGUAACACACAAAUUGAAAACAACAACAAAAGCGGCAGAAGCAGCAGCGAUUCUGGAUUUCUAGAGGCGUUUGCGGCGGCACAUUCAAAAGAUGGGCUGUGGACAGAGCAAGAUUCACUUGUAUCCCCGGAAAUCGAAGAGUAAAGCUAACGGCAAGAAAGGAGGACAUGCCGACUCGGAUGCUGAAACGGACGAGGACGAAGGCCAUAUCGAGGAUGCCGAGAAGGCACAGCAGCGCGACCGCGAGAAGCAUGACGAGAGCGAGGAGCAAAGCAAUAAGGACAUCCAGGACAGUGACGAGGACGUGGCCGUCUCCCUACUGCGCGCCAAGAACCUAUCGCUGCUCCAGAGCCAGGAAAUAUCAUCUAGCCAGCAGAACUUCUUCCGCAUGCUGGACAAGAAGAUCGACGAGGGCCCUGACUAUGACUCCGCCAGUGAGACGGAGAUUGCCCUGGAGGAGGCCCGACUGAACGCCCUGCGCCAGCACUGGGAAUCCGCCAGCAUUACCGCCUCCAUCUGCUCCUCCGCCAGCCGAUCGCUGCAGACCACACCCAUCCGCCAGGUCCAGGUGCCGCUGAAGCAGCCACCACGUGGCGCCGGCCUGCUGCUCCAGCCCUCUAGCGCCGCCAGCGUCGUCUCCUCCGCAAUGGUCACGUUACCCACGACGGAGUAUCUACCUCAGCAUAUGAUGGCGGGGCGACAGCAGCAGCAACAGGUCCAGACCCAGCAGCAGCAGCAGGCGGCGGCAGCGGCCGCGGUGCUCUACCAGCAACAGCAGCAGCAACUUAUCCUGUUGCCGCAGCUGGAGACCAACGUAGUCAACACGUCCACGGCGGCGGCAGCAGCACAGCUCGCUCAGCUGCAGCAGCAGCAACUUAACCAGCAGCAGCAGCAGCAGCAGCAGCUCUACCAGCAGCAACAGCAAUAUCUGCUGUCCCUUCCCGCCGGAGCCAAGCCGCAAAGCGUGAGCCCAAAGCGCCUGAUCUAUGCCAUCGGCGUCGGCCGCUCCUCCUCUACCACCCAAUAUUGCCCCGAAUCGUACGAACCGCCAACCGCUCCACACAGCCAAAGCCAGCAGCAGCAGCAGCAGCCGCCGCCUCCACCGGGAGCCUACUACGGGGAUAUGAUGCACGGCGUACAGACCGCACCGGCGGCGGAAUACAAAUUCCCACCGGCCAUCAGCGUGCAGCGUUUGGCGCCGCAGGUGCAGCGGCAGUUGCGUGAGACGCAGGAACUCAUAAAAGACUCGUGCCCGCAGCUGUAUGCCGCGGGCUAUGGCAGCCCAGGACCACCGAUACGCAACCCCAGCAGGAACCCAACUAGAACUAGACCCACCCUGGAGACGCAGUUCUCGCAGGAACUCUCGUGAUAUCUAUAUAUGUAAACAAACAGCCAGCAGACCGAAGGAGCAGCAGGAGGAUUGAUGCACACCCACAUUCACACACAGUUUUGGACAAAACUGCAGCCAAAGAACAAGCACCAAAACAAAAAAUUACCAAAUUAUAAACAAUCCCCCAAUGAUAAAAAAUCAAGAAAGCCAAAAAAAAGAACAUCAAUUAAGAAAUUGUAAAACUGCACUCAAUGUUUCAAACCCUCAGAAGAACAAAAACAAGGACCCCGGGGGGCAAGUAUUGAGCCCCCAAACAUGCGUCGUACUACUUACAAACCCCGAGAGAAGAGCAACAAAAUACUACUAAACCUAAAAGCGAAGCAACAAAUAACGAGAAGCAGCAUUAACUAAAAAUAUUCAAGAAGGCAGCCAAGUGGAGUGCGAACGACUAGGAUACGGAUACGCCAAUUGGAUCAGAUCAGAAAGCGCAAGGUAUGUAGGUUUAGGAAGCGAGUAUAACGUUAUAAAGCGAAUAUAUACAAAUAUGCUAAAAAUGCCACAAAGAGGAAAGGAUCUAGGAGGAAUAGACCCCGAUAGCAAACACAAAUCAAUAAUAUAAAGUGUAACAAACAAAUGACUUAUACAUUCUCACGCAAUUUUGUUAGUCAUAAUGUCUCAUGGUGUCAUUUUUUAAAGAAUAUUUUCCGUAAAAUUCUCGAAAAUGGUGUAAUAACGUUGGAAAAUGGUAAAGGAAGGAAGAAAUAUUAAAGAAGAUUAAAGAGACGAUUGAAUGUUCGUUGGAAAUGCAAUUAACGGAUGGAUGCUGUCUAGAAAUAUUUGUAUAAUUUAG